AUGCUGAAAUUAAAAUGUCCUUCUCUGGUUGCACACUCAAGAGAAAAGAUGGGGUGAAUGUGCCUCUUGUGAAUGGAAAACAAAUCAUUGGAAGGUCAAGAGAGACCAUGAUAAAAGACGUGCGCUGCUCUAAGAAGCAAGUUGAGUGUGACGUCGACCUGUCGUCGGGCACGGUCCUGGUGCGCACCCUCGGCGCCAACCCGUCGUCGGCGCUCGGCCGGCCGCUGCCUCAGGGCCAGUCCGUGUCACUGCGGCACGGAGACUCCCUGGAGCUGCUCAGCGGACAGCACCAGUUCACGGUACACUUUCUGCCGCCGCCGACCGCCGCCUCGGGCUCCUCCACCGCCCAUCAGGACAGCCCCAGCGGUCUGAAACGGGCGGCGGGAUCGGUGGAGGCUCCGUCCCCGAAGAGGGCUCGCCCGGACAGUGCUCCUGCCACCGGAUUGGACGAGGAGGGACUGGGCGAGCAGUCGGACGGCGAGGAACAGGAGACCCUCGCGGAACAGUGGACGUCGUUAGAGAACGACCAGCUGCUGAUGUUUGUCACCAAAGGAGUGAAGCCGUCCUCGAAGAUAGCGGCGUUUGAUCUGGACGGAACGAUAAUAACGACCAAGUCGGGCAAAACAUUCGCCAAAGACAGAGAUGACUGGCAGAUCAUCUAUCCAGAUGUGCCCAGAAAGCUGAAAGAACUCAGCAAAAGUGGCUUCAAGAUUGUUUUUCUAACAAAUCAGCUCGGCAUCAGCAAGCGGAAGCUGCUGCCGGAGGACCUGCGGCGCAAGUUGCAGAACAUCACCGGUCGGCUGGGUGUGCCGGUUCAGUGUCUCAUCUCGCCCGGCGACCGCUGGUACCGAAAACCGCGGCCCGGGAUGUGGGAGUACCUGAUCAAAACGGAAAACGGAUCGCGUGCCGUUGACAUGAAGGAGAGCUUCUACUGUGGAGACGCGGCCGGCCGCCGAGAGGGCUGGGCACCCAAGAAGAAGAAGGACUUCUCGUGCUCCGAUCGUCUGUUCGCCAUCAAUGUGGGACUGCGGUUCUACACGCCUGAAGAGCUGUUCCUCGGUCAGCCGGCCACCAACAAGUACCAGCUGCCGGAGUUUGACCCUCGGGCGGCGGUGGAUGGCGCCCGAACGGCGGCACCGGUCAGUGCAGCGCGGACUGAGAAAGAGAUUGCCGUCCUGGUCGGACCGCCCGGCUCGGGCAAGAGUCACGUGACGUCCACCCAGCUGGUGCCCGCUGGCUACGUGGCUGCCAACCGGGACACGCUCAAAUCGUGGCAGAAGUGCGUCCAAGUCGCCGAACAGGCCAUCAAGGAGGGCAAGAGCGCGGCGGUGGACAACACUAACGGGGACCGCGAGAGUCGCGCCCGGUACGUGCAGCUGGGCCGCCGGCUCGGUGUGCCCGUCCGCUGUCUGCUGAUGACCACGACACUGGCGCACGCGCGGCACAACAACAAGUACCGGGAGCUCACCGACUCGUCUCACCAGCACGUCAGCGACAUGAUCUUCAACAUGUUCAAGUCUCGAUACGAAGAGCCCACCACCGACGAGGGGUUCUCAGAGAUCUGUCGACUGGACUGUCUGCCGACCUUUAGCGAUCAACAACAGGAGCGAAUAUACCGGCUCUACCUACUGGAGAAGUGAGCAGAGUCUGCUUCACUCGGCAGUGAGUUUGUUUUGUAUUUACCAGAUGGGGAGCUGGGAGUGGCACUGUCGGCUGUGAAAGAGAAUCCGGAAAAGGGAGUGAGUGCCAGGACUCUGAGAAGCGAUUGGUAUUGACUCUCUUUCUCGGUCGCACAACGAAGUCGAUUUAUUGAGAGCAUCACCCAGCCUCAUCGACAUCCGUGGAUUCACAUCGACAUUUUACGCCCCGAAUCCCCCGUGCAGGAGAGAUGGGUCCCGUACACUGACAAUAAUCCUAGUUACCAGCAGAAUUUCAUGUUUAAAGGUAGUGUGCCACCUUCCAAUGAUUUCCCAUUUUAUUUUUCCUAGGAUAAGAAGCUUCUGUUUUUACCUAAUAUCGCAAAAAAAAUCAAAAAUGGGCCUAAAAUAGCGC